AUCAUCAUCACCAUUAUCAUCAUUAUCAUCACCACCAUUGUCAUCACCAUUAUCAUCACCACCACCAUUAUCAUCAUCAUCAUCACCAUUAUCAUCACAAUCACUAUCACCAUCAUCAGCAUCAACAUCGCCCACAGCAACUUCGACAUCAGAUGGCCCUAUAUUUCAACCAUCAUCUGCUUCUUCAUUAUUAAUAUCACAAGGAGGGUAUACAGCGAUAGGGAAAGGACAAGCCAACGCUUUGAGGAGGGGAUCCAACCUUAUAUUAUCAUUCAAACAAAACAUUACCGCACUAAACGCAAGCAAUGCUAAUUCUCUCACGGAGUCUGUGGAUUUGAUGAACCAGCUUCUUCAUGAGCUUAGGGGAUUGGAAGUCGGCCCCAGUCUCCUAGAGGCGAGUAGGGUUCUGGAAACGUUUGCUAUGGAAUACGCGGUGCUAAGGGAAGGAAUAACGCACAUAGAGAUAGCGAGACCACAACUAGUUUUGCAGGUUGUAUUAUUUUCAAAGUCAGAAGCUGACUUCGUAUUUCCUCCGAGUGUCACUUCCGCAGCAAGGAUAACAAUACCACGGCAGAAUAUUGCACCGGAAGGUUCCAAUAUCGUAACUAUUGUAUACGAGAACAUGGAAUCCCUGGUGACAUCAAGGAACUUUACAAGCAGAGCUUCUUCAAAGAUCAUUGUCGCUUCUAUGAAACCUGUUGCUAAGCAACUGACAAGGAACAUCACUCUAAACUUUGUCACCAAUAAAAGGCCGGCUUCUGCAACAUCUGCAACAAGACUCUGUGUUUUCUGGGACUUCUCCAUCAAGCCGAACGGUGAUUGGUCUAGCGGAGGAUGUUCCCUUGUUUCCGUGGCAACUAGCUCCGACGUUACGUGCUCCUGUAAUCACCUGACACAUUUCGCAGUGCUCAUGCGCACUAGAGACCAAAAGGUAUCCCAAGAUCACGAUGACACCUUACAAAUAAUUACAUACAUCGGCCUGAGCAUGUCAAUUCUCGGAUGCCUGCUGACCAGCAUUGCACAUUACGUGCUCACGGAUGUGUCGUCAGAGCAGUCACAGAUAAGGAUCAACUUGUCGCUAACACUUGCUCUUGCGCAUGCGUGUUUCCUACUUGGGACUUUCGCAAGGAGUUACUGGGCCGCCUGUGUCCUCGUCGCCGCCUUGCUUCAGUUCUUUUAUCUUUGCUUCAUGUGCUGGAUGCUUGCCGAGGGGAUUCAACUUUACUUACAAAUCGUCAAAGUCUUCAACACAAAUAUCAAGUUAAAGCGUGCUUAUGUCUUCGCCUGGGGAGCACCAUUGCUGAUUGUGAUCACUUCGUUGUGCAUUUCUGAGACUGCAAAAGGUGGACUCCGUAGCUACGUCACGCAGGACUUUUGCUGGAUGUCUUUCGAAAAUGAUCUUGUAUGGGCAUUCAUUGUUCCUGUUCUUCUCAUAAUACUGUGCAAUGUCUCGGUGCUCGUGAGGGUUGUACUCGAGAUGAUCAAAGUGAACAAGAAACAGAAUGGCACGGAUAAGUCACCCAGGAUGGCAUCUGUUAGACACAGCGUCAAAGCCUUUGUUUUACUGGCUCCUCUGCUGGGGGUCACGUGGCUAACGGGCUUGCUAGGUAUCAUGGGAGGCGGUGUGACGUCAUUGUACAUAUUCACUAUUCUCAACUCCUUCCAGGGAUUCUUUAUCUUUUUGUUCCAUUGCCUGAAAAACUCUGAGAUACGAAACCGACUCAAGCGUAAGAUUGAGGUUAUGGAGCACAUGCAUUUCAACAGCAAUAAUGUCAGAAGUAUCCAUAUCAACAAGGCUGGGAAGGCUACGUCUGGGCGAGUGACUUCGCCUAAACUUACCGAGGCUGCCAUGUGAAGGCGGAGUUUUAACAUUUCACAAUGUAUAUAGUUGAAGUUGUACAGUAACAAUUUGCAUGGAUGGGACUUGCAUCUAAGGAAAACUCAUAAGAAGAAGCAAGUACGAACCAUAAUUGGUGUACGCUGAGCAUUAUUGCUUCUGUGCAGCCUGGAAGAACUAUCUUGAAAGGCAAAUAGAGGACUCGUUAAAGUAAGCCUAAACUAAAGAAAGUUUGGAAUUAUUAAGGAUAUAAAGUACUCUAACUUGUGGAUGUUUACAUUUAAUUUAUAUUUUGUCUAGUAAUACUCUCUGCCAAUAAUGGUAUGAAUCCCUUUUGGAAGAGUAAAUACAAAAAGCCCAAAUAAUCGUGUUGUUGAACCAGUAGAAUGAAUACAAUACACCAAAAACUGGAAUUCGACUCUGCCCUUUUGGAAAAGAGUGCAUCAAAUUAUACGAAAAAUUUUACGAAAAAAUAGGAGCAAACGGAUGACCAGAAAACAACGAUUGCAAACUUCGAAAAAGGUGAGUUUUUAUAUGCCUAAAAUGUACUUUUCAUAGCUUUAAAGCUAAGAAAACAGGAUUUAAAUUUGUAAUCAAAAGCUUAUAGGUGCUUAAAGUAGCGGGGAAACUCUGUUUUGCUAGAAAAUGCAUCUUGACUUUAUCCACAUAACUGCCGAUAGAAGUAACACAGGCCUUCUAUAAAAAAAAGAUGUUUCUUGUAGAUCAAAUCUUGCUUUGCUGUUGUUUGUUUUAAUUUAACUUAUAAAGUAUAAAACAUGUUUAGGCAACCCCUUUAUAAAACUAAGGAUCCAGACCCUUUUUCGAAUAAAAAGAAACACAUAGCUAAUUCAAUUGUUAUUAUUUGUAGUCAUCAUAGAUUGCAAGAUAAAAACAAACUACUAUACAGGUGCAUUCUGAUCUAAAAAGUAGAAAGAUAGACUCAAUUAUAGCUCCAACUCACUUAGAUGGAUAUUGGGCAUUUGUUUAGUAGCCCUUCAGUUUUUUGGUGUACAUAUAUGUGUAAGUAUACAAGCUGAGACAUUGUACAAAGGGUUUUCUGCUGUUUCUGUGAGCCAGUUAUGCACUAUAAAAACAAAUAUAGAAACAAAUGUGUCAGGGGUUCAACAUCCCCUGACCUGCCCACUACACCAAAUUUUCUUUCUGCUUAGGUAAAUGUCAGAACACUUUAUGGAUUUUUGCUUAAUUCUGAAACAUAUGUACAACAGCAGAUAGGCACACUGCAUUUUUGUUUUACACCUGUUGCAGCAACAAGUAGAAAUAAUGGUUUCACUAGAAUAAGUUUGACUGAAGUGUCCUCUUACACUACAGCUGUAAAGUGACUUAUAAAUAAUAAAAUAUAUAUGAUGUAUCUUCACUUUA